AUUUUCAUUACAUCUUCUGUUUACAAGUCAGUCAGUUCAAUAGUGAAAGCAUAGCGUUUAUUUUGAAAUAAAUUUAAUUUAAAGCGCUUAAAAUGUCAAUCUACAUUAAAGAAGAGCCUGCGCUCGACAUCGACCUGCCGCUAGUCUCAAUUCCGGUGCCAGAACCGGACGACUUAGGUAAUUUCGCUCCACAUCCGGAACCGGUUCCAUUCUGCGCACUUUGCAUUCGGGAAUGUCCACAAAGCAGCGAGUUCUUCGAAUUUAAUUGCGACAACUCGGCCGAUUUCCGUGACAUGCUGAGGGACAUUGUCGAGAUUGAAUUUCGAGAGCAAAGUUUCAACGUUUGUAAAACUUGCUGGAAGAUAGUUAAGAUGAUCGGCGACUUCCGGAAGUGCUGCCUUAAAGCGCAGCGUUGGUUGGAAAGAACGGAUGAAGCUGGACUUGCAGCUGGGGACGAUUGGAUUUCCGAAGAAAUGGUUCAAACCAUCGACCAUCUGCAAACGCUGAUCGUGGACCAAACGCAGCGAAUUGAAGAGACAGAACCGGCUGAAAAUGAGCUUGUUACAAUGAUGUCCGUUGACCACAUUAAGGUUCAACCGUAUGAAGCUGAGGAAACUGAACCAAAGGAACAACUGUUGGAGGAAGAUAUUGAUUGCAGGGAAGAAAUGUACAAACAGGUUGCACAAGUUGACGAUCUGCUUAUGGAAAAACCUCCUAAAGAUUGGAGAAGUAAAAAGUGCGAAGAAAAAAAGUUCUUCUGCGAGCUAUGUGAUAUUGGAUUUUCAAGAAUAGGCCAUUUAAAACUCCAUCAGUCAAGACUGAUACAUAAACAACGAGUCAAGCUGCAAGCUAAACUCAAAUCUGCUUCAUCAAAAAGCAAGUCUGGCUGCAACAAUGACAAGACCGAACUUAUCAUACCAGAUGACAAUCUGCUCGUGGUACAAUCCGUAGAGAAAGUCGAGCUCAAUAAAGUGGACAAAAAUCCAUUGAAGUGUGAACAAUGCGAUUGUACAUUCCGAUCAGACACCCAUCUUAGAAUUCAUAAACUGUCCUUGAAGCAUCAGCUAGCAGUCAAAAUUUACAAUAAGGAAACUAGCGUAGUAAUUAACGAUAUCAAAAGAAGGAUGGAGGACCUGGAACAACCAAAGGCCAAACGGAAACAGCCUUUGAAUCGCAAACACAAGUGCCCAAAGUGUGGUGCCAAAUUGGCGUCGCAGCAAUCUCUCCAAGCACACAUGAGAUUUGUUCACACCGAUAAAAGAUUCGUGUGCGACAUUUGCGAUGGAAAGUUUAAGAAAAAAUCCGCCCUGAAAAGGCAUAUUUUCGUGCAACACGUGGUUACCCGAGAUUUCGUCUGUCCCGUGUGCGGCAACCGCUACUGGGAGGAAACUAAACUAAUGGGACACAUGACGUCCCACAGGGGAUAUCGGCCCUACGAGUGCGGCCAGUGUGAUAAGGGGUAUCAUAUCAAAAACCAGUUGAACGCGCACAUCAAAAAGUGUCACAAACAACGGAAUCGGGCAGAUAGCGACUCCGAUCCCGACUUUGUCUGCUGACGGUUCAGAGACUCCAACUCCGACUUCAGCGCUCCCAAAAAAAAUCUACUCCACCGAUUCCGGCUACGACUCCAACUCCACCGCCUUGUUGAGUAGUUUUAUAGUUUUCUUGAAUAAAACAAAAAAUCUUUGGUAAUUCUUAAAAACGAAA